AUGCGCCCACCAUUAGGACCGACCCAUAAGCCAAACAUCGCGGCGUCGCCUAAAUCUGCCAUAAAGUCGUCCAAAAAAGUGCAUUUCCCUCGCAAUUCAAAUUGGAUGAAAGAGAUCCGGCGCUACCAGACGAAACCCGAAAACGCGGCCGAAAGUCAAGUCAGGAACCGGUGGUUCAGACGGAAGAGGUGGAGGCAGUGGUCGAGGAGAAGGUACGCAUCAAACACAACGUCGAAAUAGUAGAC